AUGUUGGCGUCGCGAACAUUUACUCGUGGUGCACAGGCUGCAGCACGAAGCACUCAGGUUUGGUUUCAUGUUCUAUACUGGCAGUUUGAUGCCCUGCUCAACACCGUAUGGCACUCGCAGACAUUCCGCGGCUAUGCCGCCGCCGCACCCACAGCUGCGUUUGCUGGCCAGAAGGGGAGCAAUGGAAAAUAUACCGUAACGUUGAUUCCGGGCGACGGAAUUGGCCCGGAAAUCAGUCAGUCUGUAAAGGACAUCUACACUGCCGCUCAGGUGCCCAUUGAGUGGGAAGAAGUCAGCGUUGCGCCAGUUCUCAAAGGAGGCAAGACAGUCAUUCCGGAUGCUGCUAUCAGCUCCGUCAAGAAAAAUACUGUUGCUUUGAAGGGACCCUUGGCUACCCCGAUUGGAAAGGGUCAUGUUUCGCUGAACCUGACUUUGCGCAGAACGUUCAACCUCUUUGCAAAUGUUCGGCCUUGCGUCUCUAUCAAAGGCUUUAAGACACCCUACGACGACGUGAACACCGUAUUGAUCCGUGAGAACACCGAGGGAGAGUAUUCAGGUAUCGAGCAUGAGAUCGUGGAUGGUGUAGUACAGUCUAUCAAGCUUAUUACAUGGGAUGCGUCGGAACGCGUCGCGCGGUAUGCUUUCCACUAUGCGCAAUCCAGCGGGAGGUCCCGUGUAACUGCCGUUCAUAAGGCUAACAUCAUGAAAAUGUCGGAUGGUAUGUUCUUGUCCGCGUGCCGACAGGUCGCAAAGGAGUUCCCCAGCAUCAGCUAUGAUGAAGAUUUGUUGGACCGCGUAUGCUUGCAGAUCACGCAAAACCCGCGACCGUACGCGGACCGUGUUAUGGUAAUGCCCAAUUUGUAUGGCGAUAUCCUGUCCGAUAUGUGCGCUGGUCUCAUCGGUGGACUUGGUCUGACACCAUCCGGUAACAUCGGCCGGGAUGCCUCGAUUUUUGAGGCCGUGCAUGGCUCGGCUCCGGAUAUUGCUGGCAAGGGGUUGGCCAAUCCCACCGCGCUGCUUCUGUCGUCACUCAUGAUGCUUCGUCACAUGAACCUAGAUGAUUAUGCGGCUAAGAUCGAGAAGGCUGCCCUGUCGACUAUUGCCGAGGGUAAGACCAUCACCGGUGAUUUGGGUGGCAAGGCGUCGACGCAGGAAUAUACUGCCACUAUCAUCGAGAAGCUGGCGAAAGCAUGA